UGCUUUUUUACUACAAUCCGAUUAAAGUCCAACAUAUCCCAUCCUCGCCUAGAUCGAUGCAGGAUUUAACAAAAAUUGGGUAUAUGGGAUUUAAACAAAAUGGGUAGCUAAGCUAAUGUUCCUCUAGAUCUAACUCCGAUUGACUUGCUCUAUUUCCUAUUCGUCUGCUUCCCCCGGCCGUUACCGGGAGCUAGAUAUUAUGGCUGGAAAUUCUCCUCCGCCAUCCAAGACGGCGUCUCUUGACCGCCCUCUUCACGCCGUAGGCUUCGAGUACGACCUGCUCUCGCCGGAAAGGCUCACCGGUCGCCUCACUAUCACAGAAUCCUGCUGCCAGCCUUUCAAAGUUCUGCACGGCGGCGUCACAGCUAUGAUAGCGGAGGGCAUGGCGAGCAUGGGAGCGUAUAUCGCCUCUGGCUUUCAGCGCGUCGCUGGGGUCCAGCUCUCCACUAACCAUAUCAAAGCCGCCCGCCUUGGCGAGCUAGUUCAUGUCGAGGCUGUCCCAAUUCAGCAAGGUAGAACCAUUCAGGUGUGGGAGGUGCAACUAUGGAAGAUCGACCCUUCUACCUCGGGUGACAAGAAAGUGUUGUUGCUAUCAACUUCUAGGGUUACACUGCUAUGUAACUUACCAGCAUCUAAGGAAAUGAAGGGCUUCGAGGAUACUGUGAAGAAGUAUGCAAAGUUGUAAGCUGCUUCAACAAAAUUGUUUAUUUUUUCUACCGCAUAAUAUAUUUGUAUAUGAUACUGAAUACAUGCUAUCAAGCCUCUGAAUCUGUGCGAAAUAAUGGAUUUCUACUGAAAUCCUUUCUGGGCAUUUAGUGGUAUACAUACGUCAAGUCCUAGAGGAUGUACAAAUCUAUUUGUUUCAUUUGAGCAUGCAUUAAAAGGUAG